GUCUACUGGCACAUCCGGCGCUCCCUCGCGGGCUGGACCGAACGCAUGCAGCUCUACAAGUGGGAAUGGCCCGGCAGCAGCAAAAAGGUGCGGCCGCAGGCGAAGUCCGGCCGCGCGCGAAUGGGCUGGCGAAAGGCCUGCGGGAAGUACUUGGGGGUGCAGACUUGGCCGCUGCGGCCGCACUCGUGGGCCAGCAAGUGCAACGCGCGCCGCCGCCACUGCCCCAGCGCGCUGCUGAUCCACGAGGGCCACAACGACGUCAACGAAAACUGCCGCUGGGCGACGGCGCACAUAACUGGCGUGCGGCGGACGGACGUGGCGGGAGUGAACGCCUAUUUGCUGCUGAAGCACCGCAUGGUCUUAAUAACCCUGAAGGCGCUGCAGCAGCUGCUGUUCGAGCUGCAGCAGCAGCAGCAGCAGCGGCUGCCCCGCUAUGCCACCCCAGACGGCCGCCCAGCGCCUCCCCCAGUGCCUGUGCCGGGCUGGGCAGAUGAGUGGCUAGAGAUCAAGGCUCGGGAAAGAGCGGCUAAAUUCGACAGAAAGCGAAUUCGAGAGUUGGCAGCCAAGUGGGUCUGGUCUAGCGAGCCCAAGGGCCUUCUGAAAUUGCCCCGUGUAGACCCUCUCAAGGGUUUUCGGGUCGCCCGUUUUUCGUCUGAGGAGGCGCCGACUCCCGGCAGCAAAUACGAAGAGCUCUACGCGGAUGAUGAGCCGCUCGAGGAAGACGAAGAAGAUAUUGAGCAAGUUGCUGCGGCUUUGGAGGCACGGGAUCGCGAAGAGGCUGAAUUGCUUACUGAUGAAUGGCCAAGAGCAACAGAUUGGGCUGGGGGCUCUGGGAGCCCAGCUGUCAUAUCUCGUGGAGGGAACGCUUGCAGCUGA